GUUGAAAGUACCUACCUACCUACUCUUUUUUAGUUGCUAUUUGCCAUAGGUAGCUCAAACAUAAAUGUGAUUUAUUUUCAUUGCUCUGUUUUGUGUUUAAUAAAGGAGUUAAUUCCGAAUUAUAAGUUUAAAUUUAUCUGUGAUAUUACAUUUGCACACCUACCGAUCCAGCAAUGUUCAACUUGAAGGUGGAGCACUCGUUCUACAGCUGUUGUGGUGGAAAGUGUUCUGAGUGACUAAGUGGCUAUUUACCACUAAAAUGACAGAAAACACUAGUACGGCCACAGGGCAUCACAAUUCCACACAAUAUGGUUCAAAAGUGAUAAGAACUCCAUCUUUAAAAAGGGGGAAGUCUGAAGAACCAAUGUCUCAUAGGGUGAAGCUAGAACGUGUCCUCGGUCUCACAGUGUGCACAAACUCCGGAUUAGACUGUGAUCCAUCUUCUGACACUAUCGCAUAUCCUGCAGGAUGUACAGUAGUUCUGUUCAACCCCACCAAAAAUCGGCAAAGCCAUGUUCUCAACACAUCACGCAAGACGGUGACAUGUCUAAGGUUCUCUCCAGACGGACGUUUGCUAGCGACUGGGGAGAACGGACACCUGCCCAGCGUCAGGGUGUGGGAUUUGGUGGACGGAACGCAAGUUGCCGAGUUUACUGGCCACAAAUAUGGCAUCAGUUGUGUGGCAUUUUCUCCAAGUCAAAAGUACCUCGUAUCUGUUGGUUGUGAACAUGAUAUGAUAGUCAAUGUGUGGGAGUGGAAGUCUGGUGUGAAAGUAGCUUCAAAUAAAGUUUCUAACAAAGUUAAGGCUGUGGCGUUUUCUGAAAAUGGAAAUUACUUUGUCACUGCUGGAAAUAGACUGGUUAAAUUUUGGUACCUGGAAUAUAGUAGAUCAGCUAAGUACAAGGAGCCCGUUCCCCUGAUGGGAAGGUCAGCCAUCCUAGGAGAGCAGAGGAACAACGACUUCUGUGAUGUAGCUUGUGGUAAGGGGGAGAUGUCCGACUCAACCUAUGCCAUCACACGGUCAGGGCUCCUAUGUGAAUUCAACAAUAGGAGACUUCUAGACAAGUGGGUGGAGCUCAGGACGCCGUGUGCAAAUUGUAUGACUGUUUCUAAGACUUUAAUUUUCAUUGGUUGUGCGGAGGGAAUAGUUCGCUGUUUCAGUCCACAAACUUUACAGUAUAUUACCACACUUCCUAGACCUCACUAUCUGGGAGUGGAUAUUGCUCAAGGAACUAAUAUCAGUCAUACAACUACACACCCCAACAAUGCGAAAUACCCAGACGCAAUAGCAGUUUCUUUUGAUGAAAACAACAUGAAGCUGACGUGUGUUUAUAAUGACCACAGUUUAUACAUUUGGGAUGUUAAAGAUAUAAAGAGGGUUGGGAAGACCCAUUCAUUUCUGUACCACUCAGCUUGUAUCUGGGGCGUAGAGAUGUAUCCUGAUAGUGUGAAGAACUCUGCCAUGCCUCUGGGAUCUUUCCUGACCUGCUCUAGUGAUGAUACUAUCAGGGUUUGGAACCUAGAUAGUCCAGAUCCUCAAGUCAAUACCAGAUAUAGGACAAACAUAUAUAGCAAUGAGCUGCUCAAAGUCAUGUAUGUAGAUCCAGAAAUGAAUUUUCUUAAAGAUAUGGAUAUAACAAAAGGUGAAAAGGGUGAUUCCACAUCCUACGAUGGACGGAAUGGAGUUAGGUCAAUUAGGAUAAGUCCAGAUGGCAAACACCUUGCAUCUGGGGAUAGGGAAGGCAAUAUCAGAAUUACAGAUCUUCACUCCUUAGAAGAAAUUGUGAGGAUAGAAGCACAUGACGGGGAAGUCCUGUGUGUGGAGUAUAGCAACUUCGAUGAUCCUAGAAAAAAAUAUUUAGCCUCAGCUUCCCGAGAUAGACUGAUCCAUGUGUUUUCUGUUGAUGAGGGUUAUAAACUUGUCCAAACUCUGGAUGACCAUUCUUCGUCCAUCACUGCUGUGAGGUUCCUCAGCAACAACAACCAGCUUCAGAUGGUGUCAUGUGGAGCAGACAAAUCCAUCAUCUUCCGCACAUUGCAGAGGAAUAUUCCUGGGAGUGAUGUACAGCACACAUUUGUUAGAGAACAAAUCACAGCUGCCAAAACAACACUGUAUGAUAUGGAGGGGGAUUGUACUCAGAAGCAUGUCCUAACCGCUUGUCAAGACAGGAAUAUCAGGGUGUAUAGCAUCAACACCAGCAAACACACAAAAACAUUCAAGGGAUCGGUGGGCGAGGAUGGUUCGUUGAUUAAGAUAUCGCUGGACCCAAGUGGUAUCCUUGUGGCCACCAGUUGUACAGACAAGACCCUGAGUAUCUACGACUACUACAACACCGAGUGUGUGGCCACUAUGCUGGGUCACAGUGAGCUGGCGACAGGUCUGAGGUUCACUCGGGACUGCAGACGACUCAUCUCUGCCUCAGGAGACGGCUGCAUCUUUGUCUGGAAAAUGCCUCAUGAUCUAAUGGUCACCAUGAGAGCUAGGUUGGCUCAACAAGUCGCUCGGGCUGGCAAGAAACUUGCUCAGCUGGGGAUCACAAUUGGGGAUAAUGAUAACAUUCAAGAAAAUAACAUUAACAUAAAUUCUACCCAUCAAGGGAGCAAUGAUUCAGACUACAGGUUGAACAUGGGCCAGUUGCCUCAGUGGGCUCAAAAGUCCAUUCUGGACACCAACAUACCAAUCAUUGAGAAAUCCAGUAGAUCAGUUGAAGCUCCUAAAGGUCGCUGGGCACAACGAGCACACCUAGAGCCUAACUACGAUGUUCCUAUUCUAGACAGAAAUUUUUAUACCCAAGGUUCCAUGAGCAAAGAGAGGCGCUUGGACUCAGAUGGCUCUAAGGAGGAUAGCUCUAUAGAUAGUGGUACAGAACUUCGAUCAUUUAAACAUGAAAAGAGGAAGCAGUUUGGAGUUGCUCAGAUUACGGAUAUUAAGGAAUCAAUUAUGAAAACUGAACACAUAGAAAUGAGUCAUCAGCGUAACAGGCACCAUACAGAUGAUAGCUCUAUAGGAAGUUUUAAGUAUGAGGACCUAGAGAGCACUGAGCAUGAUGGGGAUGUAGAGGACAUCUCCGAAGGCGAGUCUUUGGAAGAGACGAGACAUCAGUUGAUCUACUAUCCACCAGCUGAAGACACCAACAGUGACUACACAGUGAACGCGAUGGAUGUGGAGGAACUGCGCAAGUCUCAACGCCGAGCCAAGCGACCGGAUUUGCUGUUGGCACAUGGUGAAGCAUCUCAGUCAGUCUCGGGCAGUCAGGAGAGUGACGAUGAUGAACAAGCUUCUACUCCCAGUGGCGAACACUCAGACAGGAAAAUAACUGGAAGUACCGAGAGUCUCAACAUUAUGAGUAGAAGGGAAAAAGUCUUAAAGAACACAUUUGAAUCAUUAAGUGGAGCUGAAAUGGAAAAAGAUCCAACCCCAAAAAAUAAAACAAGUCUAUCUGCAAGGUACAUGUCGGGCAGCGGAGUAAGGAACAGUAAUGUGAUACAAGCAGCAAGAGUGACCAAACAUGAGGCACAAAGCACCAGCAAACGUGAAGAGUUGCAAAGGAGGAUAGAGGAGACGAGGAGGCAGCUGCAGUGUGUUGGCUAUCGGUCAAAUUUAGAAUCAAGUCAAAGUAUACAAGACCUUAGUCCAAGAGGAAUGAGUUAUCACGACUCAAGAAAAAUGUCUUCUUUAAAACCUUCUUUUCAAGUUCCAAAUAUAGUUAUUGAUGCAGAUGGUAGUGGAGGAAUCCGAAGAGCUUGCUCACUGAGUGAUUUGUCCAACACUCCUUCCAAGUUACGAACAGUACAACCUUCACAAUCAGUGGCAACUGGGAAAUCAAUUAAUGUAAGGAACACAAGAAACUCGUCUAGACAUACGGGGGCCAAACCCUCAUCCACCAUCACAAGAAGUACCUCAGUCGGCACACUCAACCAGAGUGACUCGGAGAGUGAGCAGAGUCACAGUCAGAGUGUGAGGCGAGUCAUGCGACCGACCAUUUCAUCACUCAACAAAGCCAUCUCUGGUCAGAAGAGCAGCACUCUCAACCGUCGUAGAGGCAUGACCUCCUCCUACUCCAGUAUGGCCUUAAAUAAACCUGACAAUGAAGAUUCAAGUUCUGAAGAAGGCAAGAACAAUUGCCUACCACAGCAAAGGAGUUCAAGCACAGACCGCUCAGGGACAGCGAUGAGUCGUCGUGUUGCGCCUGCUUCUGGCCUAGGAAGGAGUGGAUCUGAAAGAGACCUUGCUCACUCACAACGUCUAGCCUCCCGCACACUCAACAAGCCAGUCCGUAGUGCAUCAGGCAUGGUGCGAUCCACAUCCAACCUAGAAGAUGCCUCCUCCAAGGCAGCUUAUAAUGUUGAUUUUGAUAACACACCAGUGCCACAACUGUUAGACAACAUGAAGGAGCUUCUAGACAAUCAACAAUCAAUGAUCUUGGAGUUCAUGAACCAAAUGCAACGACGGCUAGCUGAUGAAACAGUAGACAUGUCUGAACGGAGCAUUUGGAAAAACAGCUUCCAGGAAGCUAUUCAGGAGUACAUAAAAUCUCUAAGCAAAGCUGCGAUGACGAAUAAGAUACAAGAGGCACUGGACUCUCUCCCAAGCGACUCAGCGAGUAACAGUGAAGUGGUGUCCAUGGUGCAACAAUGCUCAGACAUUCUAAUAUCUAUGGUUCAGCAGAAAAUGUCAGAACCAAAAAAUUGAAUCGUUCCGUCAGAAUACUUUCUACGAGUUUGAAUGCCAAAACUAGGUUUAAUUGUUUAUAGAAUGUUAGUAUCGAGUAUUCUAGAUGUGAUGAUUAUGUCUGUGGUCCUUGCUUACGAUAAGAACUAUAGUAAGAACAUGCUCAUUUUACGAUUUGUCGAUCGCUUGAUAGGUAAAUUAGACAACAGUAGAAAAUUUAGUGUUUUUAAUACGAAUGACUGUGUUUAUACGUGCAGUUAUCACAAUUCUAGUUGCAUGAAAGAAAAGAAUUUUACGUCUUAAUAAUUAAUCGUGGGUAUAACUUAUUUUGUACUGUUUUAAUGUGUAGAAAAUAAAUGUCUUUAUCUUAGGAAUUGAUUUUCGUAUUUAUCAGUCUGUAAGACAGAUAUAGCAAAAGCGGUUACAUUUAAAAUGUGAAUUCCCUUAGCUAUUUUAAUCUUAUGUUUUUUCCAAUGUUAAUUCAUAUCAAGUGAAUAGCUAGAUUGCUAAAAGCAUUACAACAUAAUUAUUGUUAUUUAAUUUUAAGUAGUUGAAUUUACUAAUUUGAGCAUGUUAAUGUUACUUCUUAAAUGAUUUUU